UUAGAUGGGGUAUCUUGGACGGCAUGGACGAGUUGGGCCGAAUGUCCUGCUUCCAUGCUGUAUGACUAUGAGAGAGAAAACUGAUUUAAUGUUGGAGGUGAGUGAUCUUGCAGCACAAGCAACAAGUUCUGAUAAGAAUAGAAAGGCUAUUAUUUGAAAAUGUAGAAUUCAGUAUUGUCCCUAGGGCUGUGACAUGUCAAGAUGGAAGGUGAAUUGUAGCCCCUUCAAGCUUAUCCCUGGACCUUUCUGUCCUGGUCCUCCUCCACUGUCAGAGUGAGGCCACAUGCAAAUUGGAAGAACACCAUCUCAGAUUUUGCUUGGACAUCUUACAACCCAGUGGUAUGAAUAUUGAUUUAUUUAAUUUCAAGUAAGCCCUGCAUUUCCUCUCUCUCCGUUCCUCCUCCACUCUAGUCAUCCUGGUAGUUUUACUGUUCGUAUACCCUUGUUAGCACCUCUUCGAGAGCCAACAAUGGACCAUUGUGGGUUAUUUGGCCACCAGUGCUGGCUCUGAUCUGUUCUGUACCUUUUCAUACCUCUAGUUUCCCCCUCUCCCGAGUCUCAGUCCGAAGAAGGGUCUUGACCUGAAACUGCAUCUAUUCCUUUUGUCCAGAGAUGCACCCCGACCUACUACUCCAGCAUAUUGUGUCUAUCUUCGGUGUAAACUAGCAUCUGCAGUUGUUUCCCACACAAUUCUUCAGUUGGUGUCAGAUCUGAAGACAUUUUUAUCAACUUGUGACAAUAACAAUCCUUGUCUGUCUCUCUCCACAGAUGUUGACUGAUCUGUUGGGUAUUUCCCACAUCCUAGUUUAAGUUAGAUAUCCAGCAUCUGUUUCAAGAUUUUUUCUCUCUCACUCUUUGUUCUUAUUUAUUUCCCUCCAUUCACACGUCCUACUUGCUCUUCCACUAGCUGCAAUUCACAAGCCUUCCCCAUCACCAACUUUAUUUCCAUUACUUUCUUGUGGUCUCCACCUGAAAGCAGAUAUUCCAUUUCUCUUAUCCUUACUAAUUACUUUGUAAGUAAUUAGUUUACUUACAAAUAUAAAAUUCCUACUAAAUGAACAAUAAAUUAAAGCAGGUUUAUUGGCUUAUAGAUUUUUUAAACCAUUUUUAAACAGGUUUGGGUAAAUCGAUCUUUCCAUGACAUACCAUCAAUGAUAAAUGUGUGACCAAAUGUUGUGCUAUCCUGAAAAUCCUAAUUAAUCUACAUUGAAACAAAAGAUGAAAACCAAAUCUCAAUGUUACUUGUCAAAAUGGUACAUUAAAAUGAGUUUUGUACAGCUUAUCUUCAUUGGAUGACCUCGGUGAACUGAACUUACAAUAGUUUUGCCCACUCACUUAAGUUGUCAAUGCUCACUUGAAUCGUUGCAGCUUCAUCUACGUUUUUUACGGUACCACCUCACUAGUAUGAAGGCAGACUACAUGCAAGAGUAGAAUUACUUUAAAAAGUGCAGAUAAUGAUUGAUUUAGAGAGACCAGUCUGCGGUGUUUGAGUAUUGAAUUGCAUAUUUAAAAUUUUAAAACGGUGUAGACUUAUUGCAUAAUUUUGGAGGAAACCAAAAUAUUUAUAUCCGUUAUUGAUGGAUUUUAGCGUGCAUUUUACUGUUAGUUUUAAUGGCCUGCUUUGGGAAGGAAAGGCAUUAAACAGAGAGAUUGAGGAAUGGGGCAAAAGACUCGUCUGACAAGUAACACAGGUGACAGGAUCAGCAAAAGUGAAAAGUUUUGUCAAAAAUAUUGGUUUUAAAAUAGCGAAGCAAUUGCUCCCAUUUUACUGCGAGAAAGUCGGGAUUGUGCAGAAGGAAUGUUCUGUAAACAACUCGGAACAUGCAGCUCUGGAAAGGAUGAAGCUAUCACGAGUACCCCGUUACGUUGUUUUGCACAAACUGUCUCAGACUUCCUGUUGCGCUGACGAAAGGAGGAGGGGGACGUGAUUGUAGGAAUUGUACCAGAUCUUGCAAACCCAACUCUGCACUGUGGUUGAGAGAGGAAAUGUCAAUUUCACCUUCUCGUUUAUGUAAUGCAUCACAAUCCGCCACAGAUCACAGACAGUCUGGAAAACAGGACCGUUGCUGGCUCUUCACUCGAAAGGGAGCGUCUUGGACUGGAAUUCCUCCCAGAAUUGGACCACCCCCGCUGUUAGCAAUGUGGAGCGCCCUCCCCUUCCAGAGAAACAGCGCUCUCUGGAGGCUUGGGUAAGAGCUGUCAGAAAGCAAAGAGCGAUCCCAUUCGGGGCUCAAGCUUGUUCCACCCUGACAGUUGUUUCAUUACAUCGCCCAGCCCGUGUUCUUGACUUUUUUUUAACGAAGAUAAGAUUUUAUUUUUAUACCCAACAAUGCCUUUCUGCAAGAGGAUCGUGCGGCCGGUGCAAGUUUGCCGUUUCCAGGGCGAGGGGAGGACGCCGUCAGUUUUGGACAAUCUGGUCGAUGUCUCCAGUUUUACUUUGGGAAAUGUGCUGAGGCAGCUCUCGGCUCUGGCGAGGGAAGCGGUGAGUGUGCUGGAGGAGAUUGAGCUGGAGAUUGGAUCUGUCUGCCACCGGGCGCUGCUGCUGGAAGUCCGGAUCAUCGGUUUGCACAGAUACGUGUCAGCCCUGUCUCUGCGACCCGCUACACACUGUGGAUCGAACUUGGAUCAGGAGAGCAAGAGGACGGCCCACUUCAAGUCGUCAUGGCAACAAAAUAUAAAUGUGUUCGACUCCUCAUCCAGACCACCCUGUGUGGAGGAAUUGCACCAAGAGGCCCAGCUGAACCUGCAGUCUUUGCUCCAAGAAGAGUUUGGUGAGCCAGUGAUUCAGAAGAAGGCGACUGCAAAUACCUUUGGACACAAACCAGCUCUCAACAGAGAGGCCGUUCCAGAUAGUUGCCCCAAGAAAGGGGAAAAGCGUAUGGAAUUUGUGUUGAUGCCAAGCACAAGGUCCAGCAGUGAAGAUGAGACGACCACCUUUGGCGUAAAACCACACGAACAAUUUCUGAGCUCCCCAAGUACACCCGAUAAACCACCCAAGUGGACUCGAGGCAUCCCACAGUCAACACCAGAGAAAAAGAGGUGGCACCAAGCACGGACGGUACAGGCGGACCUGGUGCCUAUCAAUGUGACUGGAGAAGCCGUUGAGCGGCAGGCGAUCGUGCGGCAUUCUUUAUUCAACACAGAGACCGCGGUGAACCCGAAGAGUACACUGAGGAGGAGGCGGACAAUCACUGGCUUGUGCGAGCCAGUUCAGCCUCAGCCAGGUUCUUUGAAGGAAGGAUUGAGAUCUCCUCAUGCGUUAACAAAGACAGAGGCAAACCAACGUCUCUUUACCUUUGAUGAAGAUAUGAAUGUUAUGAGCGGCAACCAAGUCGGCAAUCUUGGGAUGGUGCAGUCAUUCCCCCCAACUCUCAGGAAGGUACAAAGUGAUCUCGGUCAAAUAAACAAUUCAAAUCUAUCUCAGUCUUCAGGGAACAUCACAUUCACAAUGAACAAUCCCCAGAUGAUGCCUACGUCGAUAAGCGAACAUAGCUUCUCUUCUCUUAACACUUCUUGGGAUCAAAUGAGAGGAUCUAGUUUUUCUUCGUCCUUGAACAAUUCGAGUGCUGUAACUGCACCAAGCUCGGUGUCAGUGGAGGCCUUGCAUGACGGCACACAUGCUCCUGUGACAUUCAGUCAAACUUACAGCAGUGGUCAGUCUCAUGGGCAGCGUACCCCUUGCUCCUCAGCACAGGGGUCAAGUGCUACCAUGUCCGACCGGGAAAACGAUACGGAGAGCCCACAUUCUUCCAGCAGAGCCUGGAAUGGCAGCAACUCUGUGUGUUCUCCUCACCUUUCAGAUAUGCCUCCAACUCUGUCACUUCAAUGCUUGAAACAUUCUUCGCAGCAGGACUCGGGAGUGUUACUGAAUGAUGGCUCGCAUAAAGAGCGCAGUGUUCCACUCUCCACCUUUUUACCAAGGGAAGGCCAAAGACAAAAUACCAGAAGCCCUAUGGUCAGCUCCUUCACAUCAACUCCAGGGGAAGCAGCAGAUAAAUCUCAGAAUCACAAGGAUACAAGGACUAACCACGAACGAAUUAUAAUUUACCCAAUCAACAAUGCAAGCGAAGAUGCAAACUCAAACCUGGAGUUCCCGGGUUAUGCAAAUGCGGAAGCUUGCACAUUCCGUGAGAGAUCUCUGUCAACGCCGACAGAUUCUGGCUCGUGUUGUUCAUCGGAUGCUAUAAGAAGCUAUGACUCCAAGCACUAUGACCACACACGGCGACACAGUGCCAAUUACAUCAUGCGUUACCCGAGUGCCAGCUCAGAAGAGAGCCAAAGUAACGAGAAUGUCUCUGUGAUGACUGACCAGGAAGGAUCCCAGAAAUCGAGGCCUCGGACAAGAAGCAUCUCUCUGAAAAAGCCAAAGAAGAAGCCGGUUCCACCCGUGCGGAAUGUCUCCCUGAAGACGUGCGAGAUUAGUUUGGACCCCGAGGAAACAUCCGCAAACAGCUCUCCUCAAGAAAACAGGCCAACAAAGCUCUUUAUCCCUCCAGAGAAGCAGGUCAUUCAAAGUGAAUCCGUAGGUAGCAAUGAAUCUAGUGGCUUUGUAUCAGAUGCCCACUCUAGCUCAACUACACCCACACUGAGAGAUGGAGAACCAAUACGGUACACAGAACAUUGGUUCCUUAAUGACUGGAAGUCUAAUGAUCCAUAUAGAUCAUUAUCAAACUCCAGUACUACAACAGGGAUAACUGUGAUAGAAUGCGUCAAGUCCCGUGGUAGUUCUGAAUCAUUGGCAUCACCUUCUAUUUCAAGGGCCACAACACCAUCCCAGUUAUCCGUCGAGGCAGAAUCAAAAAUGUCUUCUCCAGGGAAGCUCCCUGGUCUGAUGUCACCAUCCAGUGGUUAUUCAAGUCAGUCGGAAACUCCCACAACGUAUUUUCCAAUGUCUGUUUAUCAAGGCCAUGUGCCACAGCCAGGUGGCAAAGCAAAACCCAAGGUCCCAGAACGGAAGUCCUCGUUACAGCCAACCUCCCCGAAUGAGAAGAGCCCCAAGUCAAAGCGCAUCUUUGAGUUGCCCAUCUCUCCACCUCCUCAUUUGGAUCUGUCGGGGCUGCUGUCUUUCAAAAGCAAAUCCAAAGCCAGCAGACGACACUCUGACUCUUCGAACAGUAACAAACCCAGCCAGAAACAUAGCCCUAACCAGCCUUCUAUGCCAGUCAUAACUCAGACAGUCUUGGAGUCAGUACGUCUUCGCUCGGUCAGUAGAUCGGAGAAUGAGGAUCAUACAGAAUUUGUAGAACCACCACAGAUAACCCACAGUGAAUCCUCCGAAGCUCCCCUGAGAAAGGUCCGGCCACCAGUUCCAGGGAAGCCACCUAUGUCAAAAAGGCCUUCAAGUAUUGCUCUAAAGCUUUCUCCCAUUGAGCAUCCAUCACCCGCGUCUACUGUACCUUCACCAGUAUCUUCAAAUAGAGGAUUUAGCACAGUAUUUAGAAAGGUUGGUGUCAAAAAACAAGACUCUUUAGAUAAGCCAGAUAGCCAGAAGCUUCAGGCAUCUCCAAAUCCUGCACAUGUUCAACCUAAUCACCUUCAGAGUAACUAUGUGGACAACAAACAAUCCAGAAGCGUACCAUUAACCACCCGAGACGAGACCCAAAGGCUCUGUUCCACUGAAUUAACCAGGAGUUCCACCCAAUACGUUGAGAAAAAGAAAAGUAAGACUCCACCUCCCGUCCCUAAGAAACCAAACGUACUGAUUGUACCAACAAACACAGCACACAUACUUGUAGUGACAGAGAGAGCUGCACAGGGUCCAUUGCACAAAAAAACAGUUUCUGCAUGCCAUGACAAUGCAAAUGCUCCAUUUACCAUUGAUGCGUCCAACGUAGAAAGAGGGUCAAAAGCACACGAUCUGAACAUGGGCCCAAAUACAAGGACAGUUCCAAGUGCGGGCAUUCAUCUGGAAGGGAACAGAAAUGUGGAAUACAAUGAUGGAACUGGAAGAUCUCAAACUGUAUCACUGAGGACUGAUCUAGAUCAGAAUCCUGAAGAUAUUUCCUUGAAUCUGAAUGCUAAGCAGAGAAGUCCCACAGCUGUACAGAGUGGAGAAGUUGUGAUGGAGGAUGAUGAUGAAGUUUUUGUCUCCUCAGGCAACCAACGCUCCACUGAAGAUCUCUUCACGGUGAUUCACAGGUCAAAGAGGAAGGUGCUGGGCUGGAAAGAGCCAGGAGAAUCGUUCACGGUCAGGCAGGUGGCCAUUUCACCCCCCAAACCCAUCGUGCCAAUCCCAAGUGCUGGCAUCAGGCUCAACCCCUCGGCUAAUGGAAAUGGGUCCAAAACCAGCACAAGCAAUGAGAACUUUAAGGCUUUAUUGCAGAAAAAAGGCAGCAAGCCAGCAGGAGGUGCACGCAUGUCAGCAGCGGAGCUCCUAAAAAGUACCAACCCACUUGCAAGAAGGAUUGCGACGGAGUUUACACAGGACUCGGAGAGGUGUCAACCAAUCUCGGAGCCAGGCUCUCCUGAGAACGCUUCAAAGUGCUAGAGUCAAACCCGUUCCUGGGGAGUGAGGAGCAAAGGUUCAUGUUUCUCUGCCCUGGUGAACAGGAUUAUUUUCAUUGUUGCUGUAUCCACAGAGCUGUAAUUUGAUCAGAGGAUGGAGAUGGUUUCGCGGAAAUUCAAUGAAGUGAAGCUACAAAUGAGGUGCGUCGUCCAUUUGGGAGACAAGAGAAAUUUGGAAUAAUUAGGUGACAGAUUUUAAGUGCAAACUGUUUCUGGAUCAAGAUGUAAGAUGUGGAGUUAAUGAAGGAACUGCAGAUGCUGGAAAAUCGAAGGUACACAAAAAUGCUGUAGAAACUCAGCGUCUAUGGAGCGAAGGAGAUAGGCAACAUUUUGGGCCGAAACCCUUCUGAAGAUCUUCUUGAUAUGAAGAUAAUUUUAAUUGGACUGGACAAGCCUGGAGAACUUUGAAAAUGUACAGCUGUGAGAUGAGUUACAUUCCACUAGGUGUAGUUACAUUCCACUUAUUGAAACUGGACAUUUAAAAAUAUCUUUUGUGCAUGACUCCAAUCUGUUUAUAAAUAUUCCACGCAUUUCCAUUUUUUACUGCUAAACAACAGUUGAAUUAGAUAGCAGUAAACGGAACUGGUGUGUGUGUGAGUGUAUGUGCGUGCGUGUCUGUGAGUGUAUGUGCGCGCGUGAUUGUGUGUGCACGCACAGGUAUGAGUGUGUACACACAUGUGCGUGCAUGUAUGUGUGCAUGCAUGCAUGUACGUCAGGGAAGGGUACAGGGUGGGUGUAAAUGUAAAGGGGGGAGGGGUGGGGGGAAGACGUUGACUGGUUUUUACUCCUGAUACGACGAUGGAAAAGUAUUUUCCCCCCAGAAACCUAUGGUGGUGCAUUACAAGACACCUGGGGAGGAAACAACACAAUCUAAGUGACCCUUCAGCUCCACACUGCCACUGGAUCCACAUUCACUCUGUGAGUCUCGACCCACUAUGAAGCUUCAGGAGAAAGACUUUUCCUUAGGAUUGUAAAAUAGCCUGCUUUUACCCUGUGACUGAAAGACCAUGUCCUGCAACUCAUGAAAUCUUUUUUUGCCUUUCUCCCAUUCUCCAUGUCUUCUCUGUAAAGACAGCUAAGUAAUCAGGAGAACAGGCAAAAGCACAGGUUCCAGGGAGGCAUAAUACUGAGGUCUUGCAAAUGGCUUGCAGUUUGCUAUUUUUUUUACUAUUUGCUUAAGAACAGUUGUUUGCCUGAUCUGUAAUGUUUUUGUAAAAUUCCUAUUUUGCUGGUAUUUUUUUAUAAAUAUACUGUAAUGUGUUAUAUGGCAUCAAUAUAUAUGAAUUGUUUCAAAGAUUUUAAGAAUUGAAUGAAAGGAGAUAAAUAUAAACAUAUUAGCUUUGUAAAGGACUGUGCUGCCCUUACCAUGAAAUAACAUAAUAAUUUGAAUGUUGAAAAUAUCAAUGUCUUUAGCUUUGGUUUGAACAAGAUCCUUGGUUCUUUUCUGACAUAUUGUACAGAAGAUAGACACAAAAAGCUGGAGUAACUCAGCGGGACAGGCAGCAUCUCGGGAGAGAAGGAAUGGGUGACGUUUCCGGUCGAGACCCUUCUUCAGACCCAAAAUGUCACCCAUUCCUUCUCUCCAGAGAUACUUCCUGUGCUGCUGAGUUACUCCAGCUUUUUGUGUCUAUCUUCGGUUUAAACCAGCAUUCCUUCCUACACAUAUUGUUUAAAUAUUUUGGAAAAUAUUAGCCCUGGUGUUUCAAAGAUAUAUGUUUUAUUUUAUUCACAAGGUGAACAAAGUCUGUUUGAAAAUGGAAAGUGAACCACAAAUUGAGGUAUAAACCUCUCAGCGCACUCCCAGAAGCACUAUCGGAAGUAACUGAGUCAGAGGCAGAGCUGAGCUUUAAACACCACCCCAUCCCACCCCACCCAUUGCCAAAUCCCCCCUCCCUCCUCCCCAUCACUAAGUCAUCACAAACCUCCCCCUCCUCUCAGCCAGAAGACGAUUAAUGUCCAUUUGCACUCAUUGCCAAUGCUCGAUCCAUUCCACUCUGUGUUGUCUCCUUCAGAGCCAACUGAUUACACCCAGUACUUCAUCCCCUUCACUCUAGAACCCAUUCAAGUUGGGACAUCUGUGAUCUGAGCCAUUUUCUGACCAGUGGAACCCCAUUUACUAUUAAUACCAGCAGCAACUCCAUAUCUGGGAGCGCACGUAAUAAAUAUAGGUUUUCCUCGUAUAAUUAAAAAUCUUAAUUGGGAUCAUUUGAAGUGUUGAUGCUCUCAUUAAAAUGUAUUUGCUGCUGUGACUAAGAAGAAUCCUACCAGCUCAUUCCUUUAAGGACACAUUAGAAAACCUCCAAAUCCCUGCAUGAGGUUCAUGUUUAUCUCAGGGUACUUUGUGUCAUGGGGAAAUUACAUGUCAAAGAGUUAAAUAACCUUAAUAAGUUUAAAAUAAAAUUAUUUUUACUAGUAAGACCAGGCCCUACUAUCUUGCACAGGUCACAAGUCCAUUGAUUGAAGCUUCUGGAAGUAUUCAUGUUUUACCUUAAUCUUGAAUGUAUAAGACUUCCCCAGCUCCCAGGUGUCAUGCUUGGAGAGCAUCUAUAUGUCUGAACCAGACUGCACGAGUAAUGUCACAUUGUGGUAAGGAUAAAGGAUUGAAUGUACCUUGUGAUAAAAGCCAUGUACCACUACAUCGAAAUGCAGUCAGCAUUUAUCCCGCAAAUUGUGAGAUAUGAGUGCACUCACCUUGUGAGGACUCCAUCGCUUUAUGUCUGUCAUGUCUUGCACUUAUGCAUUUGAAUUUAAUUGUGCGCUUUAAAAGUGACUCAGGAAAUUGGGAAUGAUCAAUAGUUAUUUUUACAUAUAUUGGAAAAUGCAUUUCCCUGCCCCGAUAGUUUAGAGCGAUAAAUAAAUAUAAUUGUGUAAUCUUUUGGGACAAUCAUUAAAAAGAAACUUGAAGCAAAA